CCUACAGCCGUCACCCGGGCAGAGGGUGUGGCUGGCCGCGAUCGGGAGCUGUUCUCAUAAACGAGGAAUGUCUUAUAGCGGCGUUUAAAAUGUUUGACAGUAUGGUGGUGAAAAUGCUUAUGUUGUCAUUAAUUAGCUUCUUGUUGCUGCUGUGAUAGAAUUCGCGUGGAAGCUUCAUGGCCGCUGUUAGCUUGACUUUUAGCACUUUAGCCUAAACAACUGAGCCACGGGACACGGAUUUGUACACACCUUAGUAAUAAUAUGGUCGACUUGUUCCACAUUAACGUCAACUUGUUUGUCAGGCACGUCUUCAAAGUCGCCACAGCACUUAGCUGCCGCAGUUAGCAUGGAGGCUAACUCGUCAAUUUGCUUUAGCUGUUGAAGAAAACAAAAGUUCUUAAGGUUUUAAUGGGACGGGUUUUAUGAUUAUGGAUAUCUAACACUAAAAACGUAGCAGAAAAUGUGUGGUUCACAUAUAAAAUGGAGGUUUCAAACAUGAAUAUAGCACAAUUUUAACUGUUACUGUAUCAUAGAGCAUAUUAUAGAUAUCCAAUUUACAAACAGCUUUUUAGUGUACUGAAAUACAGCAUUUAACACUACUUGCAAGAGGUAGGCGAUACUGCAAAUGAUGGUGUCGAUCCGCUUCCAAGUAAAUAUAAGGCCAGUAUUGCCAAUACUGAUAUACAGAAUUUUUUCAAGAUCGUUGGAUGACUUUGUGAUUUUGCCUUGUUUCUUUAUCAUGGUUAUACGGUGGCCGACGUGGGCAAAUGCCAUCAUCCAAACGCUUCAAAUAGAAUUGAUCCAAAAACACACAAACACCAUCAAACAAAUACAGCGGGAAAAUACUGCAGUGACAUAAACGGUGCAGGAUCAAAAACAAAUGCAAAAGAAAAAUGCUGCAAAUGCCAAACGCACACACAAACUCCCAAAACAACUCCAUGAGGGAAAUGCUGCAAGUUCAGUACCAAAACAGGAAGUUAGCCAGUUACCAGGAGUGCUACACAUGAGGGAUAUUGGUCUUUAAACACUUAAGACCUAAUAUCUUACAGUAUUUGAGAACAACCAAUUUUUAAGAGUUUAACAAAUGUACCUUUUGGUACCAUUGGGUCUUCAUAUGUGGAAGGUUCAUUGGAAGGUCCCAAACAUCACAAUAGCAGUAAAACAUCAGCUGAAGCAUGCUCUUGGCCCAGAUAAACCGGGACUCCCAGGGAAUGACGGAGUUUCACGAUGCUGACGGGCAGCCGGUCACGCUGUGUCUGACCGAGGCGGUGGCAGUGGCGGAUGGUGAUCAGAUGGAUACCAUGGACACAGUGAGCCUGCAGGCGGUCACUCUGGCGGAUGGCUCCACCGCCUACAUCCAACACGACUCCAAGCCGGCCUUCUCCGACGCGCAGAUUAUGGAUGGCCAGGUGAUCCAACUGGAGGACGGCUCGGCCGCCUACGUCCAGCAUGUGUCCAUGCCCAAAACAGGGGGGGAGAGUUUACAGCUGGAAGAUGGACAAGCAGUUCAGCUGGAAGAUGGAACAACAGCCUUCAUUCACACACCCAAAGAAACUUACGACCAAGGCAGCCUGCAGGAGGUGCAGCUGGAGGACGGCAGCACAGCCUACAUCCAGCACACAGUGCACAUGCCUCAGCCCAACACCAUCCUGGCCAUCCAGGCUGACGGCACCAUCGCCGACCUACAGGCCGAGGCCGCUGCCAUCGACCCCGAGACUAUUAGUGUGCUGGAGCAGUAUACCACCAAAGUGGAGAACAUUGAGAACCCGUUGGUUCCCUUUGGCAGAGUGGAAGCAGACAACGGUGUGCACAUGCGGAUUGUAUUACAGGGUCAGGAGAACAGGACAGCCAGGGUUGCUAAUGUCGGCGAGAAGUCGUUCCGCUGUGAACAUGACGGCUGUGGAAAGUUGUAUACCACUGCCCAUCAUCUCAAGGUACACGAGCGUUCCCACACUGGAGACAAACCAUACGUGUGUGACUAUCCAGGAUGUGGCAAGAAGUUUGCAACGGGGUAUGGACUAAAGAGUCAUUCGCGCACACACACUGGGGAGAAGCCUUACAGAUGUCAGGAGAUCAACUGCUGCAAGUCCUUCAAAACCUCUGGAGACCUUCAGAAGCACACGCGCACACACACAGGAGAAAAGCCGUUCAAGUGUCCGGUAGAAGGAUGCGGCAGGUCCUUCACCACCUCCAAUAUCCGCAAAGUUCACAUCCGCACGCACACGGGAGAGCGGCCAUACUACUGCUCUGAGCCUAGCUGUGGGCGCUCCUUCGCCAGCGCCACAAACUACAAGAACCAUAUGAGGAUCCACACAGGGGAGAAACCGUACGUGUGUACUGUGCCUGGCUGUGAAAAGCGCUUCACAGAAUACUCCAGCCUUUACAAACACCAUGUGGUCCACACACCAUGCAAGCCUUACAACUGUAACCACUGCGGGAAGACCUACAAGCAGAUCUCCACCCUGGCCAUGCACAAGCGGACGGCGCACAACGAUACGGAGCCUAUCGAAGAGGAGCAGGAAGCCUACUUUGAACCGCCCACAGAUGCCAUUGAUGACCCCAAUGUGAGCUACACCACAACUGUGGUCGAGGGAGAGGACUCCGGCUCCGAGCAGGUUCCAGUGGAGAACUCAGAUGUGGUUGGUCAGCAGCAUGUUGCCUUGGUAACACAGGCGGAUGGAACGCAACAGCAGGUCAGUAUCUCUGAAGCUGACUUACAAGCCAUGGGGGGCACAAUCACCAUGGUAACCCAAGAAGGCACCACCAUAACUAUCCCAACCCACGAACUGACAACGCAAGGUGCUCAGGUGGCCAUCAUGACACCCGGCAUGACUUCGUUUGAAACCGUGGAGGAGGCUGCCUACAGCCAAGACACUGAAGACCUCCACCCCGUCACCUUGUUGGCCACCUCCAAUGGCACUCACAUCGCUGUGCAGCUCAGUGAUCAGCCUUCGUUGGAGGAAGCCAUCAGGAUAGCUUCAAGAAUCCAGCAAGGAGAGUCGCCUGGCCUGGAUGAUUGACGAGACACAUCUCGGAUCAUGACUUAAAUCAACUAAAGAGAACUUACAAAGUCUUCCUUCUCUGCAAAAGAACUUCUGUUUUUAAGUGUACAUAGGAUUUUGAUAACUGGACUAUUUUGUCUUUCAACCAAACAGAUGGGAUGAGGGGACAAAUGCUUUCUCAUGAUCAUGCACAGUGCAGGGUACAGCUAAUGAUAUUUCUAAUAAAAAAAAAUAACAAU